AUGGAUAUGCUCUCUACACCCAAGGAGCUUCGCGACAGCAACACAAAUAUUCAAGGCGCAGGCUUCCAAAACUCAUGCCCUGAGACAUUGAUUGAUCUUGCAAUUGAAAGCAACAUUGAGCGAAUAGAAAAAGCCUUUGUUGAACCUGAUAAUCCAUUUUUUGUCGCCGAUUUGGGCCAGGUCGCUCGCCUACAUCGAACCUGGAAACAGCUUUUCCCUGAAGUGCAUCCAUACUAUGCGGUGAAAUGCAAUCCGGAUCCGACUCUGCUCAAAUGCCUCGCCGAUUUGGGCACCGGUUUUGAUUGCGCUUCCGUGGAAGAGAUGCGUACGGUUUUUAGCCUCGGUGUGCACCCAUCUCGAAUCCUUUUCGCCAAUCCCUGUAAAUCUGCUACAGCUAUGAAUUUUGCACAUCAGGCAGGUGUGAUGCUUACAACAUUUGAUAACCUGGAUGAAUUAGAGAGAAUCAAAGUCCACCUGCCGGAUGCAGCUCUUCUCUUACGAAUUUAUGCACAUGAUGAUGGUGCUCUAAUUUGCUUGAGUGAGAAAUUCGGUGCACACUUGGACAUGGCCAAGAGUCUGGUAUCGCGGGCCUGGGAUCUACAGCUAAACAUUGUUGGAGUGAGCUUUCAUGUCGGAACGGGAGCUUCAGAUCCCCAAGCGUUCUGUCAAGCUGUCGAACAUGCCCGACACGUAUUUAGCCUUGCUAAGCGUCAGGGUUUCCAACCAACAAUACUUGAUAUCGGCGGCGGUUUUCAAGACAAUAGCUUAAUCUCUAUGGCAUCAGUCAUUCGUGCGUCCAUUAAGAUCGAGUUCGACUCCCAGGUCACGGUUAUUGCGGAGCCAGGGAGAUAUUACGCUCGCAGCGCCUAUACACUCAUCUCUCAAGUGAUUGCCCGACGGUGUCAGAUCGGGACGUCAGCGGCUACUGGUGUCCCAGACAUGCUCUAUCAAAAUGAUGGCGUAUAUGGUAACUUUAUGAAUGUGAUAAUGGAAAAAGAAGUUAUGAUUCCCCGUCUACUCCGGAGAAAAUUGUCAGAAAAUGGAUCAAUUGCAAGGGCAAUGCACAAGUCAGAGAAAAGAAAGACCAAUGGUACGGUUUCGGUAGCUGCAAACUACAGAUACUCAAUUUGGGGGCCUACUUGUGAUAGCACGGACUGUGUCGUACGAGAUAUGAAAUUUGAGGCGGAGGUCAGAGCCGGAGACUGGCUGAUAUACAAUAAUAUGGGAGCAUAUACCUUGGCGACUACAACUCAGUUCAAUGGGUUCGGCCGUAAUUGCCCCAUUAUUUACGUGAACAGUGAAAGGGUUCCAGAACAUUAG